AGGAGGCAGUCAGUGAGGUGGGUGGGAGCGCUGCCGCUUGACUUGAGAAACACCAGUGGCGAGUCACGACGAGUCCUUGGUGCUGAGACAAAGUCGACCAAGUGGAGGUGAGGACUCCCGGGUCGAUUUCUCCCGGAAAAAAAGAAGAAAAGAAACGAACAGAAAAAGAUAUAUAGAUAUAAUCACUUGGAGUAAUUUGGUCUUCGCCGGUUAGCGUGAGUUUGUCAAUUAGUUGUCUCCUGUCGGUUUCCCAAUGUGCGUCAAGAGGAUUCUGCUCCUGUUUGGACUCGCAGCCUCAGGCGUGCUGCCGGUCAGCGGGAUCCGUAUAUAUACUUCUGACGAUGUGGAGGCGGUCAACGGAACGGACAUUCGUCUGAAGUGUACAUUCAGUAGUUCCUCUACCAUCAAUCCCAAUGCCAUCAUCAUCUCCUGGAGCUUCAGACCCCUUAAACCAGGCCGAGAAGAAUCAGUAUUUCACUACCAGCAAAAGCCAUACCCUCCUCAGGAGGGCAUUUUUCGGAACCGCAUCAUCUGGGCUGGUGACAUCAUGGGUCAAGAUGCCUCCAUCAUAAUUCGUCAAGUCAAGUUUACCUACAACGGCACUUACACGUGCCAGGUCAAGAACCCGCCAGAUGUUCACGGCUCAGUUGGAGAGAUUCGACUACGUGUCGUCACUACCGCCUCUUUCUCUGAGCUUCUGCUGCUAGCGUUCGCUAUCGGGGGAGGGAUCACUGUUGUGGUUCUCCUCCUCAUCAUUAUAGUGUCCUGCAGGAGGUGCAAGAAGAAGAGAGAGAGGCGGGAUGGGGAAGUGGAGGCUCCUCGCAAAGAGAGAAAAGAUCCCACAGUAUGCCACCCAAUGAAGGCCAUCCACCUGUACCUAUCACAGACAUCCAUAGAGAUUGACAGUUCAGACGGAAUGAUCUCAGAGGCCAGCACUAAAGAUCCCAGCUCCGACUCAGAGGACCCGAGCUCAGAUGACGACGAUGACGAUGAUGACGAUGACGACUAUUCAGACUAAAGAGAUGGGAACGGACAGAGGGAAGCCCGUAUGGUACCAGUAGAAUCCCGUUGCGUCCGAGUGGCGAGUAGACGAAGGGUGCACUGUUGCUGGUGAAACCAUGCGCGCCGUCAUCAUGAAUUAAAGGAAAAGCUGACGGAUGUCCUAUCCGAACGACUCGGAACAGGCACAAAGACGUUGAGAGUCCUUGAAAGGAGAUCAAAAAGGGUUUGUUUCUGCGUCCUUUAGAAAUAUUCAUAUGACAGAAAGGCUGAGUUAAACCUGCUGACACAGCAGGUAAUGCCAUUAUCAAAACCCAUUUUAUAUCCCAUUGGCUGGGAUUGCACUGUUACAUUGGUAUACUGUCUAUUCCACCUGCAAGCCAACUGGUGGCUGGUGUUUGAGCCACAGUAUGCACGCUCCUGUCUCAAAUAUGGCGUGGGAGUGUACAGUUUUGAUCUGAAAAACCUUUGAAUGCAAACUGUCCCAGUGAGCCUCUUCUCUCCACGCAUCACAUCCACUAACGACUGUAAUGAUUUUUUUUUUUGCUGUCAUUUUGUACUGAUGAUGUAACACUGAGCAAUAUGCAUCAGUGUCUUAAGUUUUCAUGCCUUUUUUAUGUAGUAUAUAUUUAACAUAGAACGGAAUUUCUAAUAAAAAAGGCCUUUUAAAUAUUUA